CGUUCAGUUUCAGGUGACACGUUUGAUUGGUCCCAGCAUUCCUCGCGAAUAAUCGAGCUAAAGUCGGAGGUGUCACAUGACACCGCUGUUAUGGGUGGUCCCCGGUGGUUCCAUGACACAUUUUGGCUCGAGUGGAUAGUGGCGCUGAGCCAUCAUGGCCUGUAAACAACAACAACAGCGUCAAUCUGAAGUAACCGGAGUCUGAUUUUUGUUGGCUUGUUGUCUCGUAAAUGCUUCGGACAGGACACAUAGACGGACGGGCUCCUACACGAUGCGUCUGAAGUGUGUCUGAUUGAGACGGGACAUCAUUCUCUUGGUUGGGUUGCCAACACGCCAUGUCCUCACAGCUUCCGAACAGAUCAGCCUCCAACAGCCCCACCAAUCUUUUAGGAUCUCCAUUUUCAGUGAUCAGUUCUUCUCUUAGCCCCUCUGUGGUCUCUCCUUCUCUGGGAUUUGGACCUAUCAGCAGUAAUCAGAUCUCUUCUUCAGCCCCAACAUCAGGGAUGCAUUCAGUCAGCAGCUCAGAAGAUAUCAAACCACCAUUUGGUCUGAGGCCCAUGCAGUCCCACAGUCCAGGGAUAAUGCUGUCUCAGAAACGACUGUGUGUGAUCUGUGGUGACCGCUCCUCUGGCAAACACUAUGGAGUUUACAGCUGUGAGGGCUGCAAAGGCUUUUUCAAACGAACUGUGCGCAAGGACUUGAGCUACACCUGCCGGGACAAUAAAGAGUGCCUGGUCGACAAACGCCAGCGCAAUCGCUGCCAGUACUGCCGCUACCAGAAGUGCCUGGCCAUGGGCAUGAAGAGGGAAGUGAUCAGUCAUGUAAAGUGGAUAAAGGAAGAUGGAAAAGAUGAGGGAUGGAUGACGGUCCAGGAGGAACGGCAGAGGAACCGAGAGCGUGAGGGGGAGCUGGAGUUCAGCGUUGGGGUGAACGAUGAGAUGCCCGUGGAAAAGAUCCUGGAGGCUGAGACGGCCGUGGAGCAGAAGACCGAGCUCCACUCUGAUGGAGGAUCAGCAGGAAACUCUCCCCAUGAUGCCGUUUCCAACCUCUGUCAGACUGCAGACAAACAGCUGUUUGCUUUGGUGGAAUGGGCAAAAAGAAUCCCUCAUUUCUCCGAGCUGCCGCUUGAUGAUCAGGUCAUCCUUCUGCGCGCAGGGUGGAAUGAGCUCCUGAUUGCCUCGUUUUCCCAUCGAUCCAUCCCUCUGAAGGACGGCGGUUCUCUGGCAUCCGAGCUACAGCGCGACGGCUCCCACGCUGCUGGAGUUGGAGCCAUUUUUGAUAGGGAGAGUGUGCAGAGUGCAGAAGUCGGCGCCAUUUUUGACAGGGUUCUUACUGAGCUCGUCAACAAAAUGAGAGAUAUGCAAAUGGAUAAAACUGAGCUUGGCUGCCUUCGAGCUAUUGUUCUGUUCAAUCCAGAUGCUAAAGGGCUCUCUAACACAAGUGAGGUGGAGCUCCUUAGAGAAAAGGUCUAUGCAUCAUUGGAAGCUUACUGCAAACAAAAGUAUCCAGAGCAGCAGGGAAGGUUUGCUAAGCUCCUCCUCCGACUGCCAGCACUGCGAUCCAUUGGCUUGAAGUGCUUGGAGCACCUCUUUUUCUUCAAGCUGAUCGGUGACACACCUAUUGACACUUUCCUCAUGGAAAUGCUUGAAGCUCCCCAUCAGUUGUCUUAGAUUGGAAACGCGUUCUGUGGUUCAGAUAGCUGGAGUUUGGGAAGCGUGGGACUGGAGUGGCACUUUAAAUUCUUUCAAGAUUUGUCAAUUUGUCUCACUGCUGUCUGUGUUACACUUCAGUGCAGCACAGAUUUGCUCUUUAGACCAAACCCAAAGCUUGGCAUGUUCUACAAGCUGGUGCUAUAUGUUGUCAUAACUUAAAACAAUAGCUAUGGUAAAACAAAUAUUUUUAGAAAAUGUAAAACCUUUACAUAUUUCUCUCACAAGAGCUAUAAUUUGGGUACUCAUUUUUAUAUGAACUUUUUAGAAACCGAAGCAGUCCGUUUUUUCCUCCCUCUAAAUUCACCCAUUAAACAUUUUUUCUUUUAUUUUUUUAAAUCAAAAAAAUACAAUUGAAUGCAACAUGAAUUAUGAGCAUGCAUUAAAAUUUCACCCUUUUUUUAUUUUUCUUUUUGUUAAUGCUUGAUAAUUUGUAAUUGUUUCAAACAGUCAUGAGGAGCUGUGGCUGAAAGCAAGUUGGAAAAAAAAAGCAAACCCGGGGAAAGAAGACAGGUCGAAACUGUCCUUGUCUGUGUUGACUCAGCUUUAUGUGUCUCCUAUAUAUGGUUAGUGUUUACUCAAUGUUUUAAAAAAAAGAAAAGCAAAAAAAAAGAAACAUCUAAUCACAGUUGAAGCUAAUGAUUAGACUCUACUGCACUCUUGCAGCGCACUAUUUCUAAUUUCCUCAAACGCUCGGCCUCUUGGCGGUCAUCCGUUUGUCCUUUUUGGUGCUAUUUCAGACAUAAUUUGACGUUACUGGUGCAGUCGCAUGCCAGACCACAAAAACAAAACAAAACAAAAAAAUAUGCAAAACUCAGAAUUCCUUUUGUUGAGCUGUGUUUGAAAAUGUAGCAAUAUUAAAUGCCUGUCAGUCAUUCAGGGGUUUAACAAAGUGAACCUUAGCCAGCAAAAAGGGAAUAUGCCAUUUUGUGAUUUAUCUAUACAAUUCUAUGGUACUGUGCAAAAGUAACUGUUCAGGGAAAAUUUACAUUAAAAAAUUUUGAAUUCUGAUCAGGAAAUAUAAAUUGUAUUCUUCUCAAUUGGUGCCCUUUUUUAAUUAUUAUUUUUUUUUAGCUUGUGUCAAGCAGAUUGAUUUUUUUUUUCGGGGUUUGCACUGGAUUUGAUGAGACUUCUGCAGUUUUUCCCCCCUCCCUCCCCAUUUUAAAGCUCAGUUGUAUUUUUUUUUUUUUUUCAACUUUCCCGCUUGUUUUGCAGGUAGUUGUCUUGUUCUUUGCAGUGUCUAAGCAGUAUGUCAAGCAAACCAUAAUUAAGAUGGAAAUCCAUAACCCCUGUGGACGCAGGAAUCCUAAGUAAGACCAAAUGAGUUCUGUACUAUGGCCUCAUAAAACACCAGAUGAGAUGUGUUGCUGAGCUUUUUAUCGACCUUUAUGCUCUUGAACAGUAAGCGACUUGAAGCAUGGGUUGUGUGGACUAAGAAAAAUAAAGAUGCUUGAGCAUU